UAGUUUCUGGUACAGCAGAUCAGAGUGAGACACAUAAUAUUCACACAAGCACGCACGCAAGGUCGUAUCCCCAACUGCGGGGUGAAAGGGUUUUAUUUCGGGGGCAGAGAUGAUGUCCGUAGUCGCCCGCUCCGGGGUCCUUACCUCCUUCUUGAGGACAACGAACCACGCGGUGAAAAGUUUGGUUCUCACGAGAGCCAAGGAGCUGGUGCCUGCUGCCGCUCCUGGAGGCAUCCGUCUUGGCCACACGGACGUCAAGAUUCCUGACUUUUCAGACUACCGCCGCACCGAGGUCACUGACCCCAAAAAGUCGUCCCAGGGUAGCAGCGAGGAAAGAAGGGUGUUCUCCUACCUCGUCACUGGAGCUUCUACUGUGCUGGGCGUCUAUGCGGCCAAGACGGUGGUCUCCCAGUUUGUCACAUCCAUGAGUGCGUCAGCCGAUGUCCUGGCCUUGUCCAAGAUUGAGAUCAAGCUGGGUGACAUCCCCGAGGGCAAAAACAUGACCUUCAAGUGGAGAGGAAAGCCCCUGUUCGUGCGCCACCGCACAGAGAAGGAAAUCGCCACGGAGGCUGCCGUGAACCUGGGGGAGCUGCGUGACCCCCAGCACGACAAGGAUAGAGUGCAGAACCCCAGCUGGGUCAUCGUCCUUGGCGUGUGCACCCAUCUUGGUUGCGUGCCCAUCGCCAACGCUGGAGACUUCGGAGGAUACUACUGUCCCUGCCACGGCUCCCACUACGACGCUUCAGGAAGAAUUAGAAAGGGACCAGCUCCUCUGAACCUGGAGGUUCCCUUCUAUGAGUUCCCCGACGAUGACACUGUCAUUGUUGGAUAAAUACUGGAGCUCUGUCACUGUUUCUCUCUGUAAUGUAUUUUUAAAUGGCGCUGCGAAAGAGAUGGGGAGGGUUGACAAAUAUGUAAUUGUACUAAUAAAGAGAUAUAUCCAA